AUGGUUGAUGCAAGUCAUCUAAAACCCCCAUUGACAAAGCACUCUUUUGCAAUGGGUUCUUUGCAUUUACUCUAUUCCAAAGAGAUAUUCAAUAGUAUAAUAAGAGAUAACAUCAAUAAUAAUAAUAAUAAAGAACGUAUUCAUAUUACAACGAUAUUUGAACAAUCAAAAUCAUAUCGUUCAAGAGUAUCACCACAGAGAGUUGCACUAGAUAUUAAAUCUGAUAAUGUAUUGGUAUUCACUGGUAAUGAUGAUAUUCAAAGAGUUAAAUUCUUUUAUCCAGUUAGAAAUCAAGUACACUCAGAUCUUAAACAUCUCUUCGAUAUUUAG